GAAAUAGUCUGCGGACCUGCGGUGGCCCGUGUAUCCAUCCGGGCCCGCACGUGGGCCGAAUCCUAUAAGAACAAAGGGUUCCACCUCCACCAGCGCCCCUCCUAGUCUUCCACUCUUCCUCCCCUUCUCUCCGGCUCCCCCGAGGCCCCCGACAGCGAACUCGGGACUCGCCAACCGAGAAGGAAGAACUAGUCGCGAGGUGAAGAGGAGAACCUGAGGUGGUCCCGAAUCAGAGACGGAAGAAGGUGGGUUCAGGAGCAAGCCAGCCUGCCGCCGCCAUGAGGCGCACCUCGAAGAAAUCGUCGUCGUCUACGGCGACCGCCAGCGCUGGCCCUACUAAAGCAGUUUCCAAGGAAGUAGAACGGAUUGAUCAAUUUUUCUAUACUUACGCUGAUAACUCAUCUGGCAUGAUUGACCCAGAAGGCAUUGAAACACUCUGUUCUCACCUUGAAGUUCCCCACACUGAUGUUAGGAUUCUAAUGUUAGCAUGGAAAAUGGGCUGUGAUAAGCAAGGUUAUUUUACCUUGGAUGAAUGGAGAACUGGCUUGAAAGCUCUUCGAGCUGACAGUAUUAGUAAACUGAAGAAAGCAUUUCCAGAACUGGUCCAAGAGGUUACAAGGCCAUCCAAUUUCCAGGAUUUCUACAUAUAUGCAUUUCGUUAUUGCCUCACAGAGGAUAAGAAGAAAUGUAUAGAAAUACCAGUUGCUUGUGAGUUGCUGAAUCUAGUAUUAGGCUUGCAGUUCCGCCCUCAGGUUGACAAGCUUAAUAAUUACCUCAUGUACCAAAAUGACUACAAGGUGAUAACAAUGGACCAGUGGAUGGGAUUUAUUCGUUUCUGUAAUGAGAUAAACUUCCCAUCGCUUGACAAUUAUGAUUCAGACCUUGCCUGGCCUUUGAUUCUAGACAAUUUUGUUGAGUGGCUACGAGAAAAUAAAAGCUAGAUAUUCUAUUCCUGUGGUGAAGUUGUCAUCCAAAAUGUAAUUUUCAAGAAUGUAGGUGACUAUAUCAUUGUUUGCGUUUGUAAGACAUCAAUUUUGGACCACCCACAUGUAUAUACUUCGGCAGUAGUGCAAACUCACUGAUAACUCCCUUACCGAAUUUUGUGUUUAGUAGCAGUUUUGGGCA